UUGAGAGAGAGAACGGAUGAAUGAGAGAUCUAGAGAGAGAGAGUGCUAGAAAGGGAGGAAAAAGACGGCCAGCCUAGCAGCGCAGAAGUUGGUGUGACAGCCCAGAGGCUCCGCUUUUCAGGCAGGUGUGUAGCAGUCAGAGGGAGAGAGUUGAGACUGAGAGUGAUCAGAUGGGAGGAGAGAGUUGAGACUGAGAGUGAUCAGACGGGAGGAGAGAGUUGAGACUGAGAGUGAUCAGACGGGAGGAGAGAGUUGAGACUGAGAGUGAUCAGACGGAAGGAGAGAGCGAGAGAGUCGAGUCUUAGUCAUCUGCUUCUUGACUGGUCUCUGAUAUAUUUAUCUGGGAGAAAGACUGCAUACAGCUGACACAGAGAAACAAGAUGGGGGUGAACCCCGGAUCUCAACCACACUAGAUCCUCCGUUGUUACAGCCCCCGUUGUCACCGCUCCCGUACACCGCUCCACCGUUCCUCAAGACCACAGAUUUAUUUGAAAUGAUUGAGAAGAUGCAGGUAAGGGCAACAGAAUGGAGGAGCAGCGAUGUACCUUUCCUCCCCCACUCAAAACUGAGGAGGACUACAUUCCUUACCCCAGUGUCCAUGAGGUGUUAGAGAGAAAGAGCGGGUUCCCCCUGAUUCUGCUACCUCAGUUUGGGGGUUACUGGAUCGAGGGGAACAACCAUGAGCUGAGUGAUAGUACUGAUCCAGACCAGAUCCAGCCUCUGUCCCCUACCACACGCAACAAGCUGGAGAGUAACUCCACCGCCAAGAUCUACAGGAAGCACUUUCUGGGCAAGGAGCACUUUAAUUACUACUCAGUGGACGGAGCUCUGGGACAUCUGGUGUUCUCCCUGAAGUAUGACGAGAUCGGAGACCAGGAACACCUUCGCCUCAUGCUCAGGACCAAGCUGAAGACCUAUCAUGAUGUGAUCCCCAUAUCCUGUCUCACGGAGUUCCCUAACGUGGUGCAGAUGGCCAAGCUUGUCUGUGAAGAAGUGAAUGUGGAUCGCUUUUUUCCUGCCCUUUACCCAAAAGCUUCAAGACUCAUCGUCACUUUUGAUGAACAUGUCAUUAGCAACAACUUCAAGUUUGGAGUCGUCUACCAGAAGUUUGGACAGACAUCAGAAGUCGAGUUGUUUGGAAACAGUGCCGAAAGUCCUGCCUUUGUUGAAUUCCUAGAGUUUCUGGGGGAGAAGGUCGAGCUGCAUGACUUUAAAGGGUUUCGUGGUGGGUUGGACGUGACCCACGGCCAGACAGGCUCUGAGUCCGUCUACCACAACUACCGCAACAAGGAGAUCAUGUUUCAUGUGUCCACCAAGCUGCCUUAUACCGAGGGAGACACACAACAGUUGCAGAGGAAGCGGCACAUAGGGAACGACAUUGUGGCCAUAGUGUUCCAGGAGGAGAGUACACCCUUCGUACCAGAUAUGAUCGCCUCCAACUUCCUCCAUGCCUACGUAGUGGUGCAGGUGGAGAACGCCUGUACUGACAACGUACUGUACAAGGUGUCAGUGACAGCGCGAGAUGACGUACCUUUCUUUGGACCUCCCCUGCCAGACCCGGCUGUCUUUAGAAAAGGUCCAGAAUUCCAGGAGUUCCUCUUCACUAAGCUCAUCAACGCUGAGUAUGCCUGCUGCAAAGCUGAGAAAUUUGCCAAACUGGAGGAGCGUACGCGGUCCGCCUUGCUGGAGACGCUGUAUGAGGAGUUACACAUCAACAGCCAGGCCAUGAUGGGUCUGGGAGGAGACGAGGAUAAGCUGGAGAACGGGUCCGGAGGAGGGGGCUUCUUUGAGUCCUUUAAGCGGGUGAUUCGCAGCAGAAGCCAGUCUAUGGAUGCCAUGGGUCUCAAUUUCAAGAAGCCACUCACUGUCUCCACUAGUCUCAGCGUCAACUUUACCCACAACCCACCUGAGAGUCCCAAAUUCCCAGGGAUAUCAUUGCUUGUCCCAGGGAAAAGUCCCAGUAAAUAUGGCCGUCGAGGCAGUGCCAUAGGGAUAGGAACAGUAGAAGAGUCUCUGAUCAUCCCUGGGAAGAGUCCAACCAGGAAGAAGUCUGGUCCCUUCAGCUCCAGGCGCAGCAGUGCCAUCGGCAUCGAGAACAUCCAGGAAGUCCACGAGAAAAUCAGCAGGGAAUGUUUACCUGGCACACAGAAGACACCUGACAGUGGCCACGCGACUCAGGACCCCAAGUCUGAGAACUCCUCCAAUCAGAGCUCACCAGAGGUGCUCACCACAAAGAACAUGUUUGCUCUUUGUAACAACAGGGCCCAGUCUAUCCCUGAGGGUCACGACCUUUCCCGCUCCUCCUCCAACGCCAGCAGCUUCGCCAGUGUGGUGGAGGAGAAUGAGACAGAGGCCAUGGAGGACUACGACACUGGCAUGGAGAGCCUGUCUUCAGCGGGGACACCCCACAAGCGGGACUCGUUAACCUACAGCACAUGGCUGGAGGACAGUAUGAGCAGCACGAGCACCACCAGCCGAGGCUGCUCGCCAGGUCCUGGUAAACCUGAUGGGGGUAAAGGGUCAGAUAUCCGUAUCAAACUGGACCGGCCGCAGGAUCACCAGUCCUCAUCGAACUGUUAGCCUCUCCCACCUGAUUGUUUCCUGGAUGUCCAUCUGCAGCAUUCCCAUGAGACACAAUCCUUCUGGGAGAUGAGAAGAGCGCAGGCUUUCGCCGUAACCAAUGACGACAAUGAGGAGGUGGACCCUGGCCAGCCUGCUGGUCAGUGAGGCCAGACCACCCCUUCCCAGAAGCCCCGGCGGUGGCGUGGGCGGCGGCUGGCAUGCCAGGGGAGGAAGUCCUUUUCCUCGGUGUUGGUUAUUUCUGCUCCGUCCCUCACCUGUCUGUCUGUACACACAUCUUCUGCCUGGCUUUGUGUUUCAGAAGCACUCUUUAUGUUACCCAUUAAGUAAAUAGGUUUAUUUGUCCCAGUGAACAAAUGGUAGCUGUGGUUCAGUUUUAAUGAGGCCUACUGUAUAUAGCCAUGCAGAUCACACAGUGUGGCCACAGUGCCAUUGAAUUCUGCCAGAGACUUUGUUUAGGGGCAUGUUGGUGUUGUCAUAUGGAUUGUACAUUAUAGUGACAAUUUGAUUGAACCCAUUCAAUCUCAAAUACCAAAUAUCCAACAACAAAGAUGUGUGCAUUUUAGUUAAAUGUCCAUUAUUGGUUAUGUCGAAUACAGUUUAAUGUGUAGGUGAUUUAUCAGGUAAAGUGAUUGUAAUGUGUCUAUUAGCCAUAGCUGUUACUUACUGUAUAGAACUGUACAGCCAAAAACAGUUGCUCUGACAGAGUGAAUAUUUUCUUCUCAAUAUACAAUAACUGGGAUAUUGUCAUCACAAUAUACAAUGCACUUCAAGCCUCACCUGCUCAUACUGCAAAUUAAAAUGAAGAUGGUCAUCUAACAAGAAAUAAUGGAAAUGUAGCCGUGAACCUUUAAAAUACAGUUUUUCUAUAGCUUCAUUACUAAUGUAUACCCUUAUCAACAUGGUCAGAAGCAGACCGUAAUUGGAUAGUGCAUGGUUUCAAAGGAUAUGUUAUAUGAUCACACUGUUUUUGCACACAGGAUGCUCCUUGCUAACUGCUACCGAUUUAUUAUUACUGGGGACCACCUCGUUUUGUGUAAUUGUAACCUAACAGGCAAUUUUAGCUUUGCACUUUCUGUCCACAGAAAUAGUUGUCUAUUUUGUUGUGUAUCAAGCAGGUUACUGAGGUCAGGUAUGUAGAGAUGUGUUGAUGACUACAGGGGUAAUUCAUAACUGAAUUGAAUAACGUACUGUAGUAGUCCAUCCAAUCAGCUAGUUUGCCGGUCUAAUCUACAUUACAAAUCCUGCAGCCUAAGUGUUGCCAUCGGUACCCGCGGAAAAAUAUGUUUGUAUUUAUUUAUUUAUUUGGGGAUGGGGGAUUACUGUAUUAUACAGUAUAUUUGCUGUUGAUAUAUUUCUAGUAUAUUAUGGGAGAGAUGUACAGAGAUGAAUACUACAGUUUGUGCAUGUUAUAAAGUAUAAUCCUACCCUCCACGCCAAAUCUAAUGUAACCUGACAAUGACAUUUAUUUUUGUGAAAAUCAUGAUGGGGGUUCUACAGUUCUACAUUUACAUACAACUCUGUUUCUUCUGUUGAGCACUGCCAAAUGAACACAGUGUGUGGCAUGUACAAUUUGAAAAGUAUGUUUUAAAAUAAACUAAAACUAUAUCCCACACUGUCUGCUCAAUAAAAGGGAACAACUCAUUAUCAUGACAGAGCUGAGAAAUGUGUGAGGGAAGGUAUCUGAGCUAAAGAGUUUGAAUGUAGAACAGAUAUUGAACAGAUACUGUAUAUAUCUAACUAAAAUUGCCCUGAUAGCUUUUAUAUUCAACUGCCUUUUGGAUAUGAUUCUAUUAUUAGAUCUUUAGUUUGUGAAUAAUGUUACUGUACACAUUCACCUCUUGCCCUAGAUCCCUGUUUAAAGAUGACUUAAAGAAAGAUGCCAUUCCUCCUUUUGGUAUUUUGGUUUAUCCUGGCAACAACACGGUUCCACACGCCAUCAUAACCUGUGUGACAGUUCAACAGUGAAAAGUGUGUUGCCUACUGUUUACCUCUUUAUCAUUUUCCUGAACUGAACGAAACCGUUGAAGGAAUGUCCUAUAAAUGAGUUAUUUGAUGUGGCUAACCACCACCAGUCUCUAAAAGUAGAGCGCUGUAAAAGUUGAGGCUUCUCUGCUCAUCUCCUCUUACAUAACUGUGCCACAUGUACCAGAUCAGCAUAAAAUAUGAUUGAGUCAGUAACUCCUCAUCAUCAAGGUGGGGAAGAAAUGGUAUCAAGGCGUGAAAAGGACUGAGACGGAUGCAGUUUUUUACAAAUAUAAAUUAUAUACUGGUACUACUCGCAACUUCUAACCUUACCUAUGUCUUUAUGUUAGACUAUACUCUUCGGGUCUUCACAUUAGUCCAGUGUAGACAGAAAAAGCUACAUUUCCAAUAACUCAACAGAGUGAUGGUGCCCUCCAGUGGUGUUACUUAUAUUGUUUUUUACAUUGUUUUAUGUGAGCUGCUGUGCUUAAUGGGAUAGUCACAUUGGAGAUGGGGAUCUAGUAAAGCACAAUGCCGCACUGUCACAUCAUGUUACUGGAAUUUAAAUGAUAAAUCAUUUAGAAAAUGUAUGAACACUGCUUCAGUGUGAUCUAUUCAACAGAUUGUAUUUGUGUUCUGUUUUAUUAGUGCAUUCCUGUAAGAAAUGAACUUGUAAAUAUGUUUUCCUUCAUUUGUAAAUAUAGCCAAAGUAUGAAAUAAAGAGCCUGGAUUCA